AAUUUUUUUUCUCCAGAAAAUCAUCAAGAACAUGACACAAAAACUGAACUAAAUCGCAUAACUUAUUUACAAUUUGCAAAAUUGUUUUUGAACAAUUAUGCUAUUGUAUUCGACGACUUAACAGCAUGUGUGAUAUACUCGUCCGUAUAAGUCAUAUGUGUAUAUAAUGUACCUAAACCACAAACGGUUGAAGACCAACAAUAACAAUUAUAUAUACACACUAAAAUUCAAACGGAAUAUAUUGUACACUCAUAUAAAUCAAUCUCAACAAUCGUCGAUCCUCAGUUAACCACGGUGUAUUGAAUCGAUAAGUUAUUAGGCAGUUUGACUGAAAUGAAAAUUAUUUCGAGACAUUUUUUUUAAAGAAUAGGUUGAACUAAAUGAACGUCAAGUGCAAUCUUUAAAGUAAUUUAUUUUCGGGGUUGUCUUUGGACUCUAGUUUUGUUAAAAGAAACCUCGUUUACUCUCUCAUUAUUGUGAUAACAAUUUGUAUUGUGUUUGUUGUGUGCAAAUUCACUCAUUUUUGAUAAUUUAAUUGUGUAUGUAUCAAGUUUUUAAAAAUGCAUAACAGCUGGUUCUUCUGCUAUGGAAUAUUAGUAUUCAUGACAGGAUGUCAAAUUUGUUGGUCACAAGAUUUUGGAUACAAUGGAGAAAAAGGUCCGUCACAUUGGGGAGAACAAUACAAUGAAUGUACUGGAAAACAUCAAAGUCCCAUUAAUAUUGAUUUAUUGAGUGUAAAACGUGUUGUUUUACCAUCACUCAAAAUGAGUGGGUUUGAUGUGCCUCCCGAGCGAACGGUACUUAAGAAUAAUGGGCACACAGUCAUGAUCACAAUAGAAUCACAAAUGAAACCAACAAUUUCCGGUGGUCCAUUGGACGGUGAUUAUGAAUUUGCUCAAUUUCAUUUUCAUUGGGGCGAUAACGAUACAUUCGGCUCGGAAGAUUUGAUUGAUGGCCGAAGUUUCCCAAUGGAAUUGCAUAUGGUGUUUUUCAACAAACGUUACGUAAAUUUUAAGCAGGCAAAUGAUCAUCCGGACGGCCUAUGCGUCUUGGCAUUUUUCUAUGACUUACAUGACAAGGAUAACAAAAAUUAUGACGAAUUUUCCGAGAUUUUAUCUCAAGUUGUUCAUCCAGAGUCAAAUGCAACAUUCAGUCAGCCGCUAUCACUAUUUGAAUUGAUGCCAGAAGAUUUAGUUCACUACUUUACAUACAAUGGAUCAUUGACGACACCGCCAUGCAGUGAAAUUGUUACGUGGAUUGAUUUUCAGGAUCCGAUAACGUUAUCACAUCGGCAGAUUCAAAUGUUCAGAGAUUUAUUAGACGAAGAGGGACAUAUUUUGACCCACAAUUUUCGACCAAUUCAACCAAUUGGUGACCGUAUCGUCCUAUUCAACAUCAAUGACAACGAUGACAAUACUCUUUAUAGAACAGACUUACCGACGGAUGAUAUUGCACCAGAAGUGAACUCUGCGGCAACACCUGAUAAGACAGAUUCACCCGAGGAUGAUAUUCCACCAGAAGUGGAUUCUGGAGCAAAUGACGACUUGUCUGCUGACAAUAAGAAUGUGCUCAAUGAUUCACCGGAUAAUAAUUUGGACGACGAAACGGUUGACAAAGAAUUAGGCAAGAAAUCAAAAUUGGAGAGUGGAUCUACGACUCACUGUAUACCGGGGUACCUGUUAUCAAUGACAAUUGUGAUUUUUGUUCUAAGUAAUAGACGAAUGUGUUAAGAUUUUUAACAAAAAGAAUAAGUGACCAAUGUUAAACCUAAGAGAAUUAUUAUGUAAGGUUUAGAUAAGGUUUCAAUAAUUUAUUGUUGUAUUUGUAAACAAUUUUUCAAUGACAAGUGACUCAUUGAGCCAACGAACUUUUUUUUUGUGAAUAACUGUGUAAUGUUAGAAAUUAAUGAGUGACAAUAUGAAUAUUUGAAUUAUGAUCAUGAAAUAUAAGCUGUUUACUUUCAUCGAAACUGAUAAUUACAA